UGCACGUACAAUGCCAGAUUACGUAUGUGAAGAUUUAAUUGCUGAUAUAUUUGAAAGACUACCAGUGAAAUCGCUUAUCAGAUUUCGAUGUCUCUCCAAGUCAUGGUGUUGUCGAAUAUCUAGCCCUGAAUUCAUCCGUAGGCAUAGUACUCUUCGCCCAUCAGUGCAAAAAGUUAUAUUGGAACACGAAAUUUAUCAAAACAAAAAAUUACAUCAAAUGCUCUCCAUGUUAGAUUCAGAAGAUCCAUUGCCAUUGUUAUUGUAUGGAUACACGGGCACACGACCAACAUUCAAGCUCGGUGAUUAUUCAAGAGCCGGUUCAAGUAAUGGAAUCAUAUGUCUACUUAAUCACAAUUAUGAUGUUAUUAGUUUAUGGAACCCUUCAAUCAGGCGCAUAUUCAGCAUACCUCCUCACAUGUCUUUAUACGCACCACUUGCAUCAGUAUUCGGUUUUGGUUUUGACCCAAUCACGAAUGAUUACAAGAUUGUGAGGCUAUCUUGCAGUCAUACGGCUAUAGUAGAUUCAUUUGUUUACACAACCAACACGGGUACUUGGUGUAAGAUUGCUUUACCUACUAUUCCAUUUUCUUAUACUUUGUCUUCACCACACGGUUGUUGUGUCAACGGAGCGUUGCACUGGCUUGCUUUUGCCAACAACUCUCUACAUGAUCGUUGUAUCAUGAGAUUUGAUUUGAGUACACAUGUUAUCAGCACAAUUGCUUUGCCGUGGGAACCCAGGCGAUAUGCAGGAUGCCUGAAAAUUUUAAAAGGUUCUACUCUAGCCGUAAUCACUGAAUAUCAUCGCGUUUGGACAAUGAUGAAGAAAGAAGUAAACAAUGAUAACAAUAAUAAUAAUAAUGUUGCAUCAUCAGCUUCUUGUUGGCGUAUGGCUGCUAGUUUUAACAGUAUUUAA